UCACUGGAGGCGUCUUCCUGUUCGCUCGUGGCUAGUAGAGGACGUUGGUGUCACAGAGGAGAGGGGCUCGUCAAAUAUCCUUAUUUCAGCCAAAUCAAGACAACAAAGAACCGCAGAGAAGAUGUUUUCCCGUGCCGUCAGACCCACCGUCAGCCUCGCCCGGAGCCUGUCCACCUCCUCGCAGAACAACGCCAAGGUGGCGGUGCUCGGGGCUUCAGGCGGCAUAGGCCAGCCGCUCUCUCUGCUGCUUAAGAACAGCCCCCUGGUGAGUAACCUCUCCCUGUACGACAUCGCCCACACACCCGGGGUGGCCGCGGACCUCAGCCACAUCGAGACCAGGGCCCACGUGACCGGCUACAUGGGACCCGACCAGCUCGACGCCGCUCUGAAGGGCUGCGAUGUUGUGGUCAUCCCCGCCGGUGUGCCCAGGAAGCCCGGCAUGACCCGUGACGACCUCUUCAACACCAACGCCACCAUCGUAGCCACCUUGGCCGACGCCUGCGCCCGCAACUGCCCCGAGGCGAUGAUCUGCAUUAUCGCCAAUCCCGUCAACUCCACCAUCCCCAUUACAGCAGAGGUCAUGAAGAAGCACGGCGUCUACAACCCCAACAAAGUGUUCGGUGUCACAACCUUGGACAUUGUCAGAGCAAACACCUUCGUGGCAGAGCUUAAAGGUCUCGACCCAGCUCGCGUCAAUGUUCCGGUCAUUGGAGGUCACGCUGGAAAGACCAUCAUCCCCCUGAUUUCCCAGUGCACGCCUAAAGUGGAGUUCCCCGCUGACCAGCUGUCCGCCCUGACCGGCAGGAUCCAGGAGGCCGGCACCGAGGUGGUGAAGGCCAAGGCUGGAGCCGGAUCUGCCACCCUCUCCAUGGCCUACGCCGGUGCCCGCUUCACCUUCUCUGUUCUGGACGCCAUGAAUGGAAAGGAGGGAGUGGUGGAGUGCGCGUUUGUCAGGUCAGAGGAGACCGAGUGCAAGUACUUCUCCACACCUCUCCUCCUGGGCAAGACCGGCAUCGAGAAGAACCUGGGCCUGGGCAAGCUGACUGCCUUCGAGGAGAAGCUGGUGGCUGAUGCUAUUGGAGAGCUGAAGGCUUCCAUCAAGAAGGGCGAGGACUUUGUGGCUAACAUGAAGUGAACAGGGGACAUUCAAUUAGUCCAGAACAGCAGCUGUGAUUGAUGAUUGGUUCCGUCUUAAUUUAAAAAGCAUCAGGGUAAAAUCUGGAGAUCCGUCAGUGUUUCCUCUUUCAUUUUUGUUUGAGCGGUAGAAUCUAUUCGACUCAAAAAAUACUGCUUUUGACCUCUUGGUCCUUUAUUUUGCUUUAAUUGCCCUCCAUUUUCAAACCUGGCUUUACCUGACACCUGUGGUUUGUGUACAUACUGUACCGUGACGUCUAUAUUUUGCAGAUGUCAAAAUAUCUCAUAUUUUCAUGUACAGUCUGUAUUUUGAGAAUUCUCUGCUGAAUUAACGAGGAGGAAAUACUGAAAUACUGUCAUGCCUGUUGAUGCAAAUUCAGUAGAUGUUCUUCAAUGAGCUAAAAUACUCACUCCACCAAUAAACAGAUUAGCUUUAAA